AUGACUUUUAGUACCUAAAUAUUAAAACAAAAUCAUUGGACCAUCCCAAUCUAUCUUCUCCUCCCUACCUUUCACAAAAAAAUCUUCCAUUAACACCCCAAAAAAAAUGGAGAACUCAAAUACAAACAACUCAAACUCAAUUCCAAACCAAACCCAAAAACCUCAUGCAAUACUAAUAGCUCUUCCACUACAAGGCCAUGUAAUUCCCUUUGCACAACUAGCUAUCAAGCUAGCAUCCAAAGGCUUCUCCAUCACCCUCAUCAACACCCACCACAUCCACCACCAAAUCACUCUCUCCACUGCCACCACCACCACCUCCACUGGCGGUGGCGAUAUCUUUGUCGAGGCUCGAACUUCUCUUGGCCUCGACAUAGAGUACAUGACGGUCUCCGACGGGUUGCCGUUGGAAUUCGACCGAUCAUUGAACCAUGAUCAAUGGGUUGGUGCUAAUAUACAUACUCUACCGGCUCAUUUGGAGGUAGCUGUGGCGAAAAUAGUGGGGUCUAGAUCAAGUAAUACUUGUUGUUUGGUGAUUGAUAGUUACUUUGUUUGGUCAUCAAAAUUGGCUGCCAAAUUUGGGUUGGUUCAUGUCUCUUUUUGGACUGAACCUGCUAUGGUGCUUGAUAUUUACUUCCAUCGUCAUUUCCUGAAGGAAUAUGGCCACAUUGGUCCUGGGUCAAGUCUACGGAAGGAUCUGAUACACUACAUACCAGGGAUAACUUCACUUAAACGGACAGAUUUAACAUCUUAUCUUCAAGAUGAGGACUUGACAUCUUUUCAUCCCCAAUACAAUUUUUCAUCUUUGGACGACACAAGAAAAGCCCAUUUUAUAUUGGGUAAUACAGUCCAAGAACUUGAGGCCCAACUCAUUUCAGCUAUUGAGGCCCAUGUCCCAUUUUACGCAAUUGGGCCCAUUUUUUCACCUACAUUCACCAAAAGCCCAGUGGCAACUAGCUUAUGGGCCGAGUCGGAUUGCACCCAAUGGUUAGACUCCAAACCUCCUAGCUCGGUUUUGUACAUUUCUUUUGGAAGCUAUGCACAUAUUACCAAAGAUGAGCUUAUGGAAAUAGCUAAUGGAAUCAAGCUUAGUGGGGUUAACUUUCUUUGGGUUAUUCGACCCGAUAUGGUGAGUUCUGAUGACCCGGACCCACUUCCGGUUGGAUUUAGAGAUGAGGUUGGUGAUCGAGGGAUGAUUGUGACAUGGACUUGUCAGAUAGCGGUCUUAUCUCAUCGUGCAGUAGGAGGUUUCUUGACACAUUGUGGUUGGAAUUCUGCGUUAGAAAGUAUAUGGUGUGAAGUUCCGCUUUUGUGCUUACCUUUGUUGACAGAUCAAUUUACGAACCGUAAGAUAUUGGUGGAUGAUUGGAAAAUCGGGCGGAAUCUUUGUGAAGAGAAGCCUAUAACAAAGGAGGAAGUUUUGCAAAAGGUUAAGGAAAUAAUGCAUGGAUCAAUGGGGUUUGAGCUUAGUGAUAGGAUCAAAGGGAUCAAGAAAGUAUUAGAGAAGGCAAUGAUGAUUGAUGGAUCAUCAAGCAAAAAUCUUGAUCGUUUUAUUAAGGAUUUGAAUAUAGCUAUGGGAAACAAGUUUGGUUAAAUAUCUGAUAAGAUUAUUCUAUUGUGUAAUUUUGUGUUUCUACUUUUUAAUUAUUAAUUUGUAAAAUUAUGACUGA